GGGCCGGGCCAGACCCUCCCUUCCCUUCCCUCCUCUCCCUCCCUCCCCUCCUGGGCCUCGGCAGCGGCGGCCUCGGCCUUGGGGAGGCGGUCACCUUGGCAGGGGAGAAAUCCUCUAUACGCGCGCUCGUGCGGAGGUGCCUGCCCAAAGCUGAGUAGAUGAGAUCACUGCAUGCUCCUUUUUUUGGAAGAGGUGGUCAGAGGAAAUGGAUAGCUAUUCAGACUUCAGUGCUGAGAACCUCUCAUCUUCAGCUAAUAUGUCUAUUGCUUUGCCUGGACAAGUUGGACUCAAUACCACCAGCGGUCCUCCUUCUAUGUCAAUAAGCAGGCUUUUCCCAGCCCUGUUAGAAUGUUUUGGAAUAAUUCUUUGUGGCUACAUAGCUGGAAGAGCCAACAUUAUCACGUCAACUCAGGCCAAAGGAUUGGGAAACUUUGUCUCACGUUUUGCACUCCCAGCACUACUGUUCAAAAACAUGGUGGUACUUAACUUUUCUAAUGUGAAUUGGUCUUUCCUGUACAGUAUCUUAGUUGCCAAAGCUGCUGUGUUUUUCUUAGUCUGCGUUUUAACCUUGUUGGUAGCCAGUCCUGAGAAUCGAUUUAGCAAAGCAGGUUUGUUUCCUAUUUUUGCUACACAAAGCAAUGACUUUGCACUGGGAUACCCAAUAGUUGAAGCUUUAUAUCAAACCACUUACCCAGAGUAUCUCCAGUACAUUUACCUAGUGGCUCCAAUAUCUCUUAUGAUGCUAAACCCUCUGGGGUUUAUCUUUUGUGAAAUCCAGAAGUGGAGGGAUAAUCGCACUGUGGCCCACAGCAAGUUCAAAAUAGUGGGCCUAGCACUCCUUCGAGUUCUGCAGAACCCAAUUGUAUUCAUGGUCUUCAUAGGAAUCAUCUCAAACUUUAUUCUCGGCCAGAAAAUUCCCGAAUACCUUGAAAAUUUCCUUGACGGACUGGGCAGUUCAUUUUCUGGCUCUGCACUAUUUUACCUUGGACUAACCAUGGUGGGACAAACAAAAAAACUGACAAAGGGUAUGUUUGUUGCACUGAUCCUUCUCAUCACAGCUAAACUACUUCUGAUGCCAUUUCUUUGUAGAGAAAUGGUAGAACUCCUGGACAAGAGUGACAGCGUAGUCAACCACACCAGUUUAUCAAACUAUGCAUUUCUUUAUGGAGUUUUUCCAGCAGCACCUGGUGUCGCAAUAUUUGCAGCUCAAUUUAAUAUGGAAGUGGGAAUUAUUACCUCAGGCAUGGUGAUAAGCACGUUUGUGUCUGCACCUAUCAUGUAUGUUUCUGCAUGGCUGUUGACCAUUCCAUCUAUGGAUCCCAACCCACUGGCAUCUGCACUCCAAAAUGUUAGCUUUGACAUCAGUAUUGUCAGCCUCGUUUCUCUGAUUUGGUCUCUCAUUGUUGUUCUUCUGAGUAAGAAAUACAAACAGCUUCCUCAUAUGAUUACAACAAAUCUACUGGUUGCUCAGUUUAUUGCUUGCAUUGGAAUGGUGAUAUGGAAUUUCAUUGUUAAAGAGAAAGACAUCACAUUGCAGAUCCUAGUAUUUAUAUUUCUCUACAGCUCACUUUAUAGCACCUACCUGUGGACAGGUUUUCUAUCUUUCUCUUUGUUUCUGUUGAGGAAGAGAGAAACAGUAAAGAUUCCCAUUGGGUUUAUUAUCAUAGCUGGAUGGGGAAUCCCAACACUUCUGGUGGGAAUCUUGUUAAUAGUUGGUGAACAUAACAGCACUAGCAUUGACUCUGCCUUUUUCUAUGGAAAACAGCAGAUAAUUACCACAGCAGUGAUUUUGUUCAUCAGUAUAUUGAUGUCAGGCAUCUCACUUAUGUGCAUGAACAGAAAUAGACAAGAGUCAAACUAUGAGGUACUGAACCCAUACUCACCUCGUAGCCAAGCAGAGGAGGUUGAGGUGGAAGGGAAUGCGGGGAAUCAAGUUUCAGCCACUGUGCCUCAACCUUCUGCAGGGUCUUCUGCUCAACCUUCUGUGGCAUCUUCUGCACAGCCAUCUCCAGAAAGAGGUUGCUGUUCUUGUCAGACAACAAAUGGGGAAUUACCCUGUGCUAACGAGAGUAAAGCAGUGCCAAAUGCUGUUGAAAGGAAGGUUCCUUCCAUUGAAACAGCUGAUCAGUGUGUGAGUCAUUGCAGUGCUCGAACCUGUGUACUGGCUCAGGAAGAACAGCUUCUACAGACUGGAGACAAACAGUUGGCCAGACAUGUGCUGCUGUGUUUACUUCUUGUUGUUGGCUUGUUUGCUAAUCUUUCCAGUUGUUUAUGGUGGCUGUUCAACCAAGAGCCUGGAAGGCUAUACGUUGAAUUGCAGUUCUUUUGUGCUGUGUUUAAUUUUGGUCAGGGCUUCAUUUCCUUUGGUAUUUUUGGCUUAGAUAAGCAUUUAAUCAUUCUACCAUUCAAGCGAAGACUUGAAUUUCUCUUGGGAGGCAGAGAAGCAGCAGAGCAUACAGAUCCCACUCUACCCGAGGAAAUCAGGAUGACCUGUCAACAGUUUGUUCGUUAUCAUAGAGAUCACUGUGUCAAAACCAUUGUCAAAGGCAGAAGGUGUGGUGCAAAGAUCUCCACUGGCAUCUUCUUUGGCUGUGACCUGGUGAACUGGCUCAUCCAAGUUGGCCUUGCCUCUGACCGUGGUGAAGCUGUGAUGUAUGGAGACAGACUGAUGAAAGGAGGCGUCAUCCAGCACAUUACGAAUGAAUUUGAAUUUCGGGAUGAAUAUUUGUAUUACCGCUUUAUUCCUAAGAGAUCAACUACAGUCGAGAGCCAGUGACCUGAGCAUGUAGACAGAGGACGGGCAGGUGGGGUAAACGUGACCAUCUCCUCUGCAUUUGCCACCGCACCUGGAAGUGUCCCUUUCUCAGGGCUCCUAGGGAGUUGUGUCACACUCUCUUGUGGAGUUACGAAAUGUGGUUCUACCUGUGUCUAUUCUGAAGAAAAUAGUAGCAAGUGAUAUUCUCAGUGAGUGUUCAAACCAGAAUGCAGCUAGAACAGAACAAGGUACUUCGGAUUUAGAGCAUUUUCUCCAUUUUCAGCAAAACAAACAGUGAAAUUAUGUGUGUCACUGAUGUUUUUAUACCUGCACUGUAACAGCAGCUUUAGUGACUGGUGCCACAAUUGGGGGAAAAACAAACAUAUUCCUCUCAUUGUGUUUUUUAUGUUGCCAUUUUUUUUCAGUAUUUCAGUGUGAUUUAAGGUCAGGCUUCCCACUGGCUUCACAGAAAUAGGAUUUUUUUCUCUGUUAUACCCCAGUUUUUACUACUGUGCACUCUUGUCUAACACCAGAAUUUUUUUUCUGGCUGUUUUUUACCUUGGAUGAAGCACUUUGUUUCUCCCUUAAAGAUAAAGUCCUCCACUCAUGAUAGCAGAAUUGUUGUGAAGAUGAUUACAGUGUAAGAGGAUUAACGUUGAGGAAACAGAGUGCGGGGAAAAAAGGUUUUGUACAACAAUACCAUGAAAACUUUACAUAUAAAAAGAAAUAAUAACCACCACUUUCCAUACUAGGAAGCAAUAUAAUGGAUUUUAUAUAUAAACAAUUGGUUUUGAAGUUCUGCCUUUUGGCAGUACUAACAGCUUUGUCAAGAUUUGCAUUUUACCUUCUGAAAUAAGCCUUUCCAUUUUAAUUCAGAAGUGCAAGCCUCAAAGAAAGAAGUUAGGGAAGCCCUGGAUACCUGUGCAAGUUAUAACCAAAAAUUGUAUCAAAAUAUAAAAACUUCUAAAUGACAUGCAAUGACUUCUAUUUCAUAAACAGAUGUAACAACUUCAAAGUUGGGCUUUAAAAAAAACUAAAUACCUUAAAAUGUUGUUAUUGGGUAUGUAACAAAGUUUCCUAGCAAGUCUCAGUAUCCCUCUGUGACAUUAAGUAGUUACUUCAGCGUCAUUCAGUGUUCUGUGCACUGAAAGCACCAUCUGAGAAUCUCUACAUCCGCCAGCAUACUUUUGAAAAGGUUAAAAACAAACCAUAGUAUCUGACAGCCAUUACACUGCCCUUCUAAAUUGUAAGAAUGGUAUUUGUUUGUCUUCGUAAAAUAUUACCUAAUGAAGGGAAAGAACACAGGUAUUUGGGGGAAAAAAUUGCUUACCUGGAACAGUCAAGCAUUUGAACAACUCUUCUCACCUUCUUUCUUUUUUUUAAAAAAAAACAAGUUUUUUUUUUUUUAAUACAUAGAUUUUAUUACAACUACUUAUGUGUCUACUUUGUAUUAAGAAUUAAAACUGAUUUUAGUAGCAUAAACUGCUGUUCAGGAAACAGUCAUUUUAUGGUAGCUAUAACUCCAUGCAAGACUUCUAUUGGAAAAAUAAUUCUUUUUACUGUCAGUCUUAUUGCACAUCUGCGGUCUGCACUGAAACAUAACUAUGUAUGUAUACUAUACAAGCUGACAUUUUAAUGUUUUCCAACAACAGAAUUGAUAUUUGUAUCAGGCUGCAGCCACAAAGAAAAUGAUAGCUUAUUUCCAUUACAAUUGCUGAAGACAGCUACAUAAGAUAUUUUGGAAUAAUUAAAUAUACGUCGCUUAAGAGUAGAAGCUAUGAGUAUGUCUGGCUUCUAAAUACUGUAACUUAUCAAUAAAUCUAUUAUUUGAUUUCAGA